AACCAAAGGCAUUGUACUUGUAUAUAUGCGUUUUCCCAGAUGGUCCGAGAAUGCUUUCUUAGGGAAGCACAAGCAAGCACCUCAAGGCGGCAACCAAAUCUCUAAACUAAAGGCGAUUGGGAUAGCUUCCUCCUCUACGGAGAGGGAUCAGAGAAAGAGAGGGAUAGGGAGGCCAGAUUAGGCUUCUUCAUCUCGAUUGGACAGAGGAGAGAGAGAUCUGUGCUGUGGAGGAGGAGAUGGGGAGAGGGAAGAUAGUGAUCGAGAGGAUCGAAAACACGACGAACCGGCAGGUGACCUUCUCGAAGCGCCGGACCGGGCUGUUCAAGAAGGCCAAGGAGCUCGCCAUCCUUUGCGACGCGGAGGUCGGACUCAUCGUCUUCUCCAGCACCGGCCGCCUCUAUGACUUCACCAACACCAGCAUGAAAUCUGUGAUUGAAAGAUACCAUGAGGCAAAAGAUCACCAUGUCAUCAUGAGCGCGACCGCGGAGGCAAAGCUUUGGCAAAGGGAAGCCGGAAUCCUGAGGCAGCAACUGCAUAACUUGCAAGAGCAUCACCUGCAAUUGAUGGGUCAACAGCUUUCUUGCUUGGAUGUAAAAGACUUGCAAAACUUAGAGAAUACGCUGGAGAUGAGCCUAAGAAAUAUUCGUCUGAAGAAGGACCAACUAAUGACUGAUCAAAUUCAAGAAUUAAAUACAAAGGGAAGCCUCUUACACAAGGAAAACAUCGAACUAUACAACAAAUUCAACUGUAUUCAUCAAGAGAACACCGAAAUAAAGAAAAAGGUGCAUGCAUCCAGCAACAUUUUGCCAAACAGAGAUGAAGCUUGUACAAGGUGUAUGGACAAGGAGUUAAUGAGCAUCCAACAGAUACUGCCGUUAAACACAGAAUUGUGAAUUUGGAGGAUGAAGAUGUUGCAGUUAAUCUUGAACUAAGUCAGCCACAGAAUGUGGAAUCGGAGAAGUCAGGAACACCAAGCCUGGGGUGAGUUCUUGUUCAAAUUCAAAUACAGAUUCAGCAUAGCACAUGAGAUGAGGUAGUUCACUGAAAGUGCAUCAGAUUUCAACUGCAGUGAGGAUGACAAAAACUAAAGAUCAGCAACCUAUAAUCUUGGGUUGAAUCACAGGACCUACCAGCUAAACUUCAAUGCUUCUAGAUGCAAUAUUUCUGCACGACCAUAGUAUUUUGUACUCCAGAUUUUCGUAUUACGUUGCUUGAAAAUCAUUCAAACACAGCUUGUAAUCCAUUCAGAGAUAGCAGACUUUAUGCCAUGUAUUCUAUUGUUAUAAAAAAUGUGUCUUGUGAA